CCGUGCCACUCCGGGAGCGAUGCCCCCCGCCCCCCGCGCCCCCCGGGAGCGACGCGAGCAUGGAGAAGUCGAGUAGCGAGGAUUCUUCGAUCCACCGGAGUCCAUCUUUGGACAGCAAGGACUCGGACUUUGCCAAGCCGUCCACCUCGGGCCGCCCGUUCGGCCGCGGCUUCACGGCCGGCGCCUUCUACGGCACCGCGGGCUCCCGCGGCCAGAGCCACGCCGAGGCUGGCGUGAAGACCGACAAGUACAAUGCGCCCAAAGGCAGCAAGUACGUGGUGUUUUACCUGGACCUGUCCUUUGUUCUCCUCCUAGAAUUUAAGAAGUGCAACAUGGCCAGAGGCUGCCUCUGCUGCUUGAAGUACACGAUGUUCCUCUUCAAUCUGAUAUUCUGGCUCUGUGGCUGUGGACUGCUUGGAGUGGGCAUUUGGCUCUCCGUGUCCCAAGGCAAUUUUGCCACCUUCUCCCCCAGCUUCCCAUCGCUGUCUGCAGCCAACCUCGUCAUCGCCAUAGGCACCAUCGUCAUGGUGACGGGCUUCCUCGGCUGCCUGGGGGCCAUCAAGGAGAACAGGUGCCUCCUCCUGAGUUUUUUCAUCGUCCUGUUGGUCAUCCUCCUGGCGGAGCUGAUAUUAAUUACCCUCUUCUUUGUCUACAUGGACAAGGUGAACGAGAACGCCAGGAAGGACCUGAAGGAAGGCCUGCUGCUGUACAACUCGGAGAACAACGUGGGGCUUAAGAACGCCUGGAACAUCAUCCAGGCCGAGAUGCGGUGCUGUGGUGUCACCGACUACACAGACUGGUACCCCGUGCUCGGGGAGAACACGGUUCCCGACCGCUGCUGCAUGGAGAACUCCCAGGGCUGUGGGCGCAACAGCAGCGCCCCCGUGUGGAGGACGGGCUGCUACGAGAAGGUGAAGACGUGGUUUGAUGACAAUAAGCACGUGCUUGGCACGGUGGGGAUGUGCGUCCUGACCAUGCAGAUUCUGGGCAUGGCCUUCUCCAUGACCCUCUUCCAGCACAUCCACCGGACUGGGAAAAAAUACGAUGCCUGAGCGGGCUGGCCGAACGCCCCGGCCCCGCGGACACUGCGCCAGGGGAGAGGCCUUCAGCUUGUGUCGCCUGCCCGCACCCUCCAGACUGCUGACCCCUGCGCCUGCCGCCCCGGCCCGCCUUCCCCGCCACCCGCUGCAGCCUUCUCGGCGGGCGGAGGCCAGGGAGGAGAAGGCGCAGAGACCUCGAGGUACCGGGGCGCCCGGAUUCCUGUGCAUUUGCCAAAGAAGACAGGGUGGGCGGGGGGUGUGCUCUGGGAUCCCCCCGGCACCGGUGCGCUUCUGCCCUGUCCUUCCUCCGCUGACACUUUGUCCCCGCGUGGCGUGGGGCGGGAGGCGCAGGGCUCCCUCCCGGUGGAGAGACUGCCCGGCGGAGGCCCCGGUGCCCCUGGCCACCUGGAGAGCGGGUGCACGGACAGGGCCGGGCCCCUGGAAACAUCUCGCCCAGGCUUUUUAUACCUUACAGUGUAGCUUUUCUAUUUUAUUUUACUCUGAUUACGAUUAUUCAGGAAUACUAUCUCUUGGAUAAGUUUAGGGUUAGCUUUCUGAUUUAUAACUUUUUACUGCGUUGAUUUCUGUAACGGUUUGAUUUUCUUUCCGAGGGUGGGGACAGGCGGGGACAGGGCGUGUCCGCCCGGUUUCUGUCAGGACAGACCACUGUGCACACUCAGGAGGCCCUCGCCAGGAUGCACUGAGGGAGGGGGAGCAGGGAGCCUGGGAGAGGCAGGGGAGAGGGAGGCACAGGAGGCCGCACGGGGGCGAGGCCUGCAGGGUGCAGCGUUUGCCGGGGCCCAGGCCGCGUGAGAGGCCAGGGCCGGGGGUCCUCUGGGGGCGCGGGUGCUUUGCUGGGAACGAGGCCGAGCGGUCGUGGGUCCUUACGCGUCCCUGCUGAGCAGCUCUUUUUCCCUUCUUCCUCCCUCCUGCCCGCUAUGGGCCCGGGAGGCUCCCUUCCACCCCUGCGGGCAUUCCCGCGACAGGUUCUGCAAACCCGUGAUUUCACAGACAUUCCUGCUAGAAACUCGUGGACAAAUACCUCUCUAGUUCAAAUGCUGCUCACUCUCUCACAUUGCUUCUGGAAGGGGAAGCGGUCCUCCCGUGGAGCUGCUCAGACAGCAGCAGAGGACCCACGACCACCAGAGGGAGGGCGGAGCCGUGAUCGGUCCAGCCAGAGUCACUCGGCUGCUGACUCCCUGCUGGGAGGGAGGGAGGGAUGUCCACCCGGGUCCCAGGACCCUCAUCUCCUUCCUUGGGGUUCAUGGAUGCUGGGGUGACUGGUGAUCACGUCCUCUGUGACCCCAAGGAAGAGUACCGAAGACCCAAGAGAGGUCAGACGGGAUCCUGUUACAGUAGCCCCAGGACAAAGCAGCCUGAGUCAGGGCCUGGAGAUGGACAGUUGGGGGGCAUCCGCCUGCAGCGAGGUGCCCCCACUAGGGUUCAUGCUGGUCUAAGCAAGUUGUGCAGUUAAAAAAAUAAGUCAAGAAUCCAUGGGGCUGAGCUUGGAAAGGUUCCCCACCAGCUGGUACUUCCCCAGGUGGGCUUCACCUGGGCGCUGCCUUUGUUCUGCACUGUUUGGAUGGGUGCCCUGACCUCCCGGGGGGGCCCUGUCUCCUCCCCAGCCUCCACCUGUCUGUUCCAAGGGCUGAGACCAGGCCACCCAGCCAGCAACCCCCUUCUCCCCUUAAGUACAAGACGGUUGGGACCAGGAGUACAGAACUUUUGGUGUGUUCGGGAGUCGAGCUUUCGGGUGCGGGGGAGCGGAGAGUAGGGUGGUCUCCGCGAGUUGGGCAGAGUAGAGAACACCUCCUGAGACGGGAGUGGGGAUGCUCAUGGGAAAGCCUGUGGGCAGGGCCGUGGGUGGAGGCCACAGGGGACCGGCCCUCCCCACCCUCUGGCCCUGCCUUCCUGGGAAGGAGCUUCAGCCACCUCCCGGGAGCCCAGGUCUGCAGAGCCCAGAGCGGAUGCACCAUUCCACUGCGAGGGACCCUCCACAAACAAGCAUUCGAGUGGCGCAGUGGGACUGCUGCAUAAUGGGUUUGUCUUGGGGGGGUUGUUUAUGCCUAUCAAUGCAAUGUAAAAUUUUUGUUAAGAUCAACAGCAAAAGCCUAGCACCUUGGGGGUGUAUGGCCUCACUGGCAUCUUAUGUUUCUGGAGCUUAAGGGGCGUCCUCCGGCCCUGGGGCCCUUGCCCCCGGCUCCCUCCUCCCGCCAGCCCCUGCCCCGUCCGUCUGUCCACAGAACCUUGUCCACAGCCCCCAAAA